AUGGCAGAGGAACCUGAAACUCCCUCACCCCCCAUCUGCCCCUUGCCAAGACUCCCGCAGCCCCGGCAGGGUGACGACGUGUGUGCCUCUCGGAUGGGGCCCUGGAACCAGUCGGCCGACCCUGGCUUCACGCUCACGGGGCUCUUCGGCCACUCGGCGGCCCCCCCACCCCUGCUGGCCCUGGUGGCGACCGUGUUCUCGGCGGGCCUGCUGGGCAACGCCGUCCUCCUGCUCCUCAUCCGCGUCGAUGCCCGGCUGCACACGGCCAUGUACUUCCUGCUGAGCCAGCUGUCCCUGCUGGACAUCGGCUUCCCGCUGGUCACCAUCCCCAAGAUGCUGGCCGUCGUGGCCCGCGGCGAUCACUCCAUCUCCCGGGCCGGCUGCAUGGCGCAGAUGUUCUGCCUGAUGCUCAUGGGCGUCUCCGAGGGCGUCCUGCUGUCCCUCAUGUCCUACGACCGCUACGUGGCCGUGUGCCACCCUCUGCACUACGCGCUGCGCAUGACGCCCCGGCUGUCCCUGCUCAUGGCGGCCGCCUCCUGGGCCUCGGGGCUGCUGGUGGCCUCGGUCCUCACCGCCGUGGCCCUGCACAUCCCUUUCGGCGCCGAGCGCGCCGUGCAGCACUUCUUCUGCGAGCUGCCCGCGCUGCUCAGGCUGGCCUGCACCGACGUGGCCCCCUUCGAGCUGGCCCUGUCCGUCUCCGGGGUGGCCAUCCUGCUGCUGCCCCUGUCGCUGGUCUUCAGCUCCUACGGCCACGUGCUGGCGGCCGUGGUGCGCAUGAGGUCGGCCGAGGCCCGGCACAAGGCCUUCGCCACCUGCUCCUCGCACCUGGCCGUCGUGGGGCUCUUCUACGGCGCCGCUGUGUUCAUCUACAUGGUCCCCGGCACCUACCACACCCCCCAGCAGGACGACGUGGUGUCGCUCUUCUACAGCCUGGUCACCCCCACGCUCAACCCACUCAUCUACAGCCUGAGGAACAGGGAGGUGCGGGCGGCCCUGGCCAAGGUGCUGGGCCGGGCGGCGCUCAGGGCCAAGAGAUGA